AUGAAUGAAGAAGUAGAGAGACCAGCGGUGCUGGACAAGGCUGAAAGAGUCAAGCAGAUUAUCCACUCAGAAACCAGAGAAUCAUUAUCAACGAGGCGAUAUGUCGUGCUGUCAAUAUUAGCAUUAUACUUCUUGAUUGGGUUCCCAUUAUGGAUGAAGUUAACAGAGAUUUAUAGAGCUCCAUUGCCCUCCAAUUUCAUCAAUAUGCUACAGGCAAAUCAAAAUAUUGAUUUAAAGAUCCAUCGUGAGGUUUUCGUUAAGAUUAAUGAUGGAUUAUAUUUCCCAGACCUCGCAGAAUCAACUCAAAUACAAAUUGAUCAUGAAAUUUUCAAAAUGAAUCAAGAUCCAAAUGAACAAUUGAUUGUGGAUUGGAAUGUUACUUUAAGAUUUGAUGAACCAGGCCCAGAUGAUUAUAUAUUAGAACUAGAAAUUGGUGAUGGUGAAGGUAUUGCAGUUGAUCCAUCAACAAGAUUAACUGUAUUAUAUUAUACAUUAUCAAGUAUCAAGAAUAAUGAUUUACCUUAUUUCAUAACUCAAACUGUUCUUUAUCAUAUUUUCAAUUCAGAAUUGGAAUUCUUCAAAAUUAAGAAUCAACAAAAAAAUAAUAAGGCAAUUAAUUAUUCACCAAAAGUUCAUUUAUCUUUUAAAUUAUUAACUGGUGAUGGAGAUUUAGUUGAUUGGAAAAUUAAUGAAGCUUUAGAUAUUUUUUUCCAACCAAUUGUGGAAACAUUUCAAAAUUAUGUUAAUUUUACUAUUGAUUCAGAAAUUAAGUAUUUUACAGAAUUGAACUUAGUUAAUAGUUCAAAUGCUAUAACUUUAAAAGAUCUUUCUACAAUUGUGGAUUUUUCAGAAUGGGAUAUUUCAUCAAAUAAUUUUAAUUAUCCAACAUUAAAUUUUGUCUUAUAUUAUCCAUCUAAAUCAGUUUCACCAUUAAAUUUUGAAUUUGAUUCUUCCAAAAAUGCAUUUUUAUUCCCACAAUGGGGGUCAUUAAUUUUACAAAAGGAAUCAUUAAAACCAAAUUCAGUUUUAAAUGAACAUGAAUUACGUCCAAUUUUUGAAAAAUUUACAUCUGAAUUAAUAACUUUAUUAGGUUUACCAAAACAUCCAAAAACUUUACAAAUUAGAUUAGAUGCCAUUAAAGUUUAUUCAAUUUUCACAAAUUUAAUUAGAGGAACAGAUUCAUUAAGUUCAUUAUUAAAAUUAUCUAAAUCAUUACCAAAUAUGUCAAUUCCUAAAACAGUUUUAAAAAAUGUUCAAAAUGCAUUAAAAGCUAGAGAAAAUACUAUCAAGAGUGCAAACUAUGAUAAAGAUUGGGAUAGGGCAUUAAUAGAGUCAAAUAAAAUGCUUGAGUAUAGUGAAUUAGCAUUUUUUGAUAGAGAAAUGGUUCAACAAUCAUUUUUCCCACAAGAACAUAAAGUUGCAGUAUAUUUACCUUUAUUAGGACCACUUUCUAUCGUUUGUUUCUUGGGUAUUUUCAGAAUUAUCUCGGAAAUUAAGCUAUUUAGAUACGCAAGACCAUGA